GAGCUUAAAAAUGCACUUUUUGUCACAGAUCUAAAAGAUAGUGACCCAGUCCCCAGACAAGUUUCCUUUUUAACCUCUUUUGCUAAUCUUUAUAAUUAUUAUGUGUACCUCUAGUGAACCUCUUCCUGUUACAGUAUUUACUGGAUUCUUGGGAAGUGGCAAGACAACCCAAAUUUUAAACUUGUUACGUCGUGUACCGGAAGACUACAAAGUUUGUUUGUUGAAGAAUGAAUUUGGUGACAUAGCUGUUGACAGUCAAUUGGCUAAAGAAACCAAUGUCGGUGUACAGGAGAUGGUAAAUGGUUGCAUGUGCUGUGUUCUUGUUGGCCAAAUGAAGCUAGCUCUUGAAGAAUUAAAAGAAAAAUAUAAUCCUGAUAGAAUUAUCGUCGAAACCAGUGGUUCUGCUUUUCCUGCACCAAUUGCAUGGCAAAUUCGUGAGAUGGCGGACGAUGGAUUUUUGUUAGAUUCGAUUAUUACAGUAGUUGAUUGUGAGAACUUUAAAGGAUAUGAAGAUACUAGUUAUACAGCCAAGUUACAAGCCCAAUAUUCCGAUGUUAUUUUACUCAACAAGCAUGAAUUGGUCAACGAACGUGAAUUGGAUGAUGUAAUUGAUCACAUCAACGUUCUAAACACAGAUACACCCAAAGUCAAGUGUGACAAAAACGGUGUUUCCCCUGACCUUGUCUUUGGUCUGGAUACCCCGCUCUUUAAAGUCGGUUAUAACAAGAACAAAACAUUGGAAGAUAAUGUGUUUGAUCCCCAUCAUCAAGAAAAUGAGGUUGAUUUGAUUCAAAUCCUUCAAUCUGUCAACGAUAAAAAAAUGAACCGUGAAGGGCUAGAGGCUUUCCUGAAAUCUAUGCCCAAAGAUGACAUCUAUCGCAUCAAAGGUUUCGUUCGAUUGGAUGACGAUAAAUUGUAUAUUAUCAACCACGCAUUUAGUCGAUGGACUCUUACAGCUGUCCAAAACGAGGAUACUUUGGAGAAUACCAAGGAUGUUCAGAUUAGAAUAACUGUCAUGGGUCAGGAUCUUAGAAUGUACACUGAAAAAGUGAAAGUUCUAUUAAAUGGUGAGGAAGGUGAUGUAAAAUUGACUCCUGCCCACCGUCAUUAGAUUUAUAGAAUGUAUGUAGUGAAUAUUAUAAUUAAUCAAUUUGUAAAAUUAAAAUUAGAAUUGAACAAUGACACUAUACGUUUUAUCGUGUGUUUGUGUCAUGAAACAUUAAGCACCUUCACUAAAACAAAGUAACCA